CGGAGAAAACUGUGCAGCGGCCGCUUCAUCGGAGAUGAGGUGCGGGGCAAAGCUGCCUACUUCGGAGGCACCCAGCCUGACGCGCCAUGAGCUGAAACAGGAGAUCCAGGAUCAGUUGGGAGACUUCCGUCGCAAAUUACUGGAGGACUUCAGUGCUCAGCUCCAAAGUGCCUUGACCACCACGCUCUCGCAGCCUCUCCCACGUCCCUCACCUUUUCGAUUGCAAGUGCCUCAAGCCACAGUCAGGCCAGUCCGACACUAUGCAAGCGAUGGGGAGGAGGAGAUGACCGAAGUGACAAAGAAGGGCUUUCGGAAGAACAUUGAAACCGAGUUCCAGAACGCCAUGGAUGGCAUCAUCAAGAGCCAGUCCCGACAGUCCCGAAGUCGCAGUCGAUCCAGUCGGAGCGAGGAGGCUGCCUUUACAGACUCAGGUCCAGUGGAGGAAGAAGGUCAGAACAGUUUUGCAUUUCCGUCGAUCCUGUCAGAACAAGCGCAAAUUGAAGCAGCCGACAAUUUUUCGGUAGAGGUCGCUGGUGACAAUACCGCGACGGACAAGGUGAAGACGCAAUUGUUGCAGCCGUUGUCAAAGCUGAAGUUGACCCAAAGAGUCCUGAAGCUGACGCUUCUGACAUUGCAGCAUCCGUCCAACCUGUUGAGCCUGUUGCAAAGCCUUUGCAGCCGCCAAAACACCAGCAAGGGGGAGCAGAUUGAGCUUGCUCGAGAACUCCGUGCUGCUGGUUAUCCUGACACACGCCUAGAUUCAGCAGGAACUUGGGUGCGGGUCGCCGGACCUUCGGUCGCGACAGCUGCAGAGCGUCCAGUUGCUCAUCCUGUGGUAGUUCCUGGAACUGAGACUCAAGAAGUUGAGGGCAUUGAUCCUUACGAACUGGAGGACGCCGCCUGGCAGAAUCCAUCCUUGAGCUCUCGUCGGGUCGUGUUGGUCACCCCAAACUUGCAGUCUUCGGACAUUGUAAAUUUGACCACACGUGAUCCUGACACCGAGGAGGAAGGCACAGAAGACCCUGCACUGGCAUCACAAAGAUUUCAAGAGACUGGUAGGAAUUUCAUUGCAGCGGCUAGUGCUGAGCCCAUUGAAGCCGACCCAGUGCCGUUGACAGGUCUAGAUCCCCAAGAAAUCUAA